CCGCAAAGUGACGCGUGUUUGAAGAACAGGAGAACACGCUAGACAAGCGGUGCUUAAUGAGUGGCGCAGUCCUAGUCAUCGAAGGAAGAGAAGCACAGCUGGCACGACGAUUAUUGAAGCGAUGCCCUGCUUGCCCCUUGCGCUCAGUUACCACCAGCAUAGUAUAUAAAGAUCCCACGCUCUCGCCUGUUCCCCACGCUUCUCUCAACACUCUCAGCAAUCUUCCUUCCACUUCCCAGUCGGCUAUAACCUGCGUACGGCCAGCCCUUUAGCUCAUCCAUCGCCACCAUGCCUAAGGAAGUCAAGUCCAAGGAUCAGAAAGUCUCCCGGAAGACCAAGGCAAAGAAGGACCCCAAUGCUCCCAAGAAGCCUCUUUCCGCCUUCAUGAUCUUCUCCCAAGAGAACAGGCCACGGAUAAAGGAAGAGAACCCUGAUGCGACAUUCGGUGAUCUUGGCAAACUUUUGGGUGCUGCGUGGAAAGAAAUCAACCCCAAGGACAAGGCGCUCUACGAGAAGAAGCAGGAGAAAGCCAAGCAACAAUACGAGGUUGCCAUUGCCGAAUACAACAACGGCGGCAAGAGCGGUGGUGUAGGAAGCGACUCGGAGUAGCGACAUCGGAGGCCCCAACGUACGGACUGGACUACAAAUGGUUGCUCAUAGUGUAUCCGAGGGUCCCUCGUGUGUUAUCGUACACGGCAAGGAGGGCCGGAACGCCGGAAUCGUAGGAUUUGGACGAUUUCUGAGGUUUUAUUACUAUUUCGGAUUUUUUGUAUAAAUACAUACACCUGUCAACUGAAAUGAGAGCUCGGUCGAUCAAUUUUACAUUUACCUACACUGUCAUCUGCUGAACCA